CUUGUGGUGAUGGAGUGGUCAGGGUAUUCAAGAUGGAGGAUGCUUCAAGUAAAAGCUUUAAAUUUCUAAGAAUUAAUUUGCCUGCUGGAGGUCAUCCGAUAGCAGUUGCAUUUGUUGAUGACACAUCUUCUGUAGUUGUGGCUUCGCAAGCACUUUCUGGUUCUUCUUUAUACAUGUAUGGAGAAGAAAAGUCCAAAACUUCUGGUGAAACUGAACAGCAGCCCAAGCUUCCUCAUCCUGAAAUUAAGUGGCAGCAUCAUAAAGUCCACGGUCAAAAGGCUAUAAUCACUCUAGUUGGAACUACAGCAACUUAUGGCAGUGCUGAUGGGAGUACAAUCAUUGCAUCAUGCUCAGAAGGGACCGAUAUCAUACUGUGGCAUGGGAAAACUGGGAAGAUUGUAGGGAAUGUUGAUACAAAUCAGCUCAAAAACACCAUGGCAACGAUAUCUCCAAAUGGGCGUUUUAUUGCUGCUGCAGCUUUUACAGCUGAUGUGAAGAUUUGGGAGAUUGUUUAUUCAAAGGACGGUUCUGUUAAGGAGGUUUCAAGAGUUAUGCAGCUCAAGGGGCACAAGAGUGCUGUGACUUGGUUAUGCUUUGCACCGAAUUCAGAACAAAUCAUUACAGCAUCAAAGGAUGGUUCAAUAAGAAUAUGGAAUAUCAAUGUGCGAUAUCAUCUUGAUGAGGACCCUAAAACCUUGAAGGUGUUUCCUAUUCCACUUCGUGAUUCCAGUGGCACUACUUCGCACUAUGAUCGUCUCAGUAUUUCACCAGAUGGAAGGAUAUUGGCAGCUACUCAUGGUUCAACAUUGCAGUGGUUGUGUGCUGAAACUGGGAAAGUUUUGGACACAGCUGACAAAGCCCACGAUGGUGACAUCACGGACACUUCGUGGGCUCCUCGAUCUAUUCCAAUGGGAGGCAAACAAGUGAUGGUUAUAGCCACAGCCAGCGUUGACAAGAAAGUCAAGUUUUGGUCAGCUCCACCACUACAUUGA